AUGAAUAAGGAUCCUUCAGGCGAACAUCCCGACGCAUACUUUGUCGGCUAUUUAGCCUAUGUGUUUUGGGCAUUCCUGUUUUCUGGUCUUUGCGUCUUGCUUGUAAAGAUGUUCGCGCCAUACGCCUGCGGUAGUGGUAUCCCUGAGAUCAAAACAAUUCUCAGCGGAUUUAUUAUCCGUGGCUAUCUGGGUAAAUGGACUCUUUUGAUCAAGUCUGUUGGCAUGGUUCUUGGAGUUGCUGCCGGGCUGAGUCUUGGUAAAGAGGGCCCAAUGGUUCACAUGGCAGCCUGCUGUGGCAACAUUCUUGCCUACUUAUUUCCAAAAUACGGCAGAAACGAAGCUAAGAAACGAGAGACUAACCAUUUUCUGACUUCUGACUUUAUCAUUUGUCUCGAUGCCCUGACCUUCGAGCAGAUUCUCUCUGCGUCUGCUGCUGCUGGAGUUGCUGUUGCCUUUGGUGCACCAAUCGGCGGUGUUCUCUUCUCUCUAGAGGAAGCUAGCUACUACUUCCCUAUGAAAACCAUGUUUCGCUCUUUUUUCUGCGCAAUGGUUAGUGCCAACAUAUUGCGUAUGAUGAAUCCUUUCGGUGUCGACCAUUUGGUUAUGUUCUACGUGGACUACAAAGCUCAAUGGCACGUCGCCGAGUUGACGCUUUUUGCUUUUCUCGGUCUGCUUGGAGUAAGCUUGUUUAAUUGUUCUCCUGCCAUCCGUUGA